AUGAGUGAAGAUGUGCGUAAUGACAUGAUAAGUCAGCGCUUGGCCCAGGCCUACCAGAAGCACUUACAGGCGGAGCUCGAGGUGAUGGCGGCAGGAGCGCAGGCGCAAGCUGGAGGACCGAAGGUCAACAUCUACUCCAACGGUGGCUACGGUUGCAACGGCUACACCUUCAAUAUCCUCGUUACCAACAACGGCUACGUCGACUAUGGCCAAGCAGCGACAACAGUUCAGGAUGGCGAGGCGUCACCAGAAAAGACGAGAGCGGAGCCCAGGGUCUUGGUGAUUCGAGAUGUGCGGGUCUGUGCAAUGCAAUCUGGAACGGCAGCUCUCCUCGACUCAGGAGCCACGCACAGCCUCAGAAGCGCGAAGGAUAAGAUGGAGUGGGAAGCAGCAGAACAUGUGACGGUUCAGUUGGCAGGCAAUGUUUCUAUGCCAAUGAGAAUGAGCAGUGGUGGUUCGUUGCUAAUGCCACCCAAACAAGCAACUGAGCGCUUUGGUCAAGUUCGUCAUGAUCAUCAGACAAUCGUGCCUUUGGGGGAGUUGGUGCGGACGCUGGGGUAUACCCUUAUAUGGUCUGGUGAGGGUUGCUUUCUGGAAGACGAAGCAGGAAGGCGCACCAAGCUAAAGAUCAGCGGCGGGUGUCCCCAUCUACAAGAGACGGAGGCAUUGGCGUUGAUUGCAAGGCUCGAGGACCGCAAGCGCGAGGAGUUAGAAAAUGGAACUAUGACCACUCUGGACCGCAUGGCAAUGGCAGUGGCCUACAUGGAGAAGUCAUGGUUGGAGCACUUGGAGAGCUAUGUGAGGAAGGGUACAACAGAGGAUGGUCUACGGGCAGUUCGCGACGCACCUUUCCUUGAGGGUGUACCAGGUGAGUGCAUAGAUGGCUUGGUGCAAGGCAACAUACUGAGUGCGGGUUGGAAGGUGUUCAAGGACAUUGAGUUUCUGUCAAGGGCUCAACGGAGGCGGUUGUGGAAUGCAAAACGAUGGGUGGUUCACUUAUAUGCUGGGGAUCCAGGACAUUAUGAGUUUUUCCAGCUGGACCAAGCAGGAACAGUCGUCCUCGAGCUCGAUGUGCAGAGAUGCAAGGCCCAUGACGUUCUAAGGGAUAAAACCUGGAA